AUGUCGUCUGAAAAAACCGAGGACUUGAACAGUUAUACUGUGUUGCGCGUGCACAAAUAUGACCCCGACAGUGAAGCAUCGACGCCACAACGCCUCAUCCAGGUUGAGAAGGACAAGUUCACCAGCAUCGAAACGGAAAAAUUGGAAGCACUUAGGAAAUUUUUGAUAAGCGAAAAGGUCUUCGAUUCUUCAGACCCAUUCUGCGAUAAAAAUGGGUCUGAAAUGUCCGACUCAACCAUGGUGAAGCUUUACUUCAGCGUAGUCGACGAGGCAAAAGAGGAAAUAACGAAGAUGUCGGCAACUUCAACUUCUCAAUUGAAUGUGUAUUUCAAACAGAAGAGGACACGCACCACCCUUGACGAUGAAACGAAGGAGUUCCUCAAAAGGCAACUGGAGCUGACCACGAAGGAUCAGAAAUUGUCAGAGGCGGACCUCAAAAGGCUCAAGUCAACAUUUGAUGCAGCCAACUGGAAGGCGACGGCAGGAUCGAAGCAAAGGUAUCUCCUCUCAUACCGAUGGGGCCCCGCGCUACUGGAUCCCCCCAAGUCGGCUGGCGACAAGAAAUCAAGUCCAAGCAAGGUUCAGGGCAAGGUGACCACAGAAAUGAAAGUUGAACGUACCCCCUACAGCGCGUUUCAACUAAAGAAAAGGCCAUUUCAGAAGGAUGAGAUAUCAGCUGAUCCUGGUGAAGGAUAUCUCAUCUCAGGAACUCCGACAGCACCUGGGGCUGAUAAUCUUGAGUUUAGGAUCCCUCGAUUCCGAGUCGAUGACGAUUCGUAUGUGAGCGUUUAUGAGACGCAAAACGCUCUAGAGAGCUCACUUGCGAAGGGCUCAUUUUCCGAGACCGCAGUUCAAGCGUCUGUCGGUGGUGGUUUCUGGGGUGUAUCCGCCGCAGCCAGCGCCGGAUUCUCCGCAAAUAGUAAAAGCGAUUCAGUAACCGCGAACUCUGAAGAGAAAAGAACAAUGCACAUUACUUACAAGUUUCCGCGUGUUACGGUGUACCUUGACAAAGAUUCUCUUGAGAUCACCGAGGAAUGCAAACGUGAGAUCACAAAGGUUCAGGACAAAAAGAGUUUGAUAGCCUUUAGCAAGAAGUUUGGUGAUAUCUUCCCCCAAAGGGUCCAACUUGGCGGAGCUCUGUUCGCCAGCGAGGACAGCGUUGCCGAUAGUGAUCAAACCAAGAAGAACCAAGCUAAGGCUAUGAAAGUCUCUGCUGCUGCCUCCUUCUCAUCAUCAUGGGCCCAAGCCUCCGCCAGCGCAAGCCACGAACAGGGCAGCAGUUCUAUUGAGAACACAUCUAAACAGAAUCUCACGAAUGCAAUGGCCUGGGAGGCGACCGGGGGCGAUACAUUGCUAUGUAAUAACCCUCCGCUGUGGUGUGCAACUGUGGGUGACUUCUACAACUGGAGGGUAAUUGACCAAAGCGAUGUUCUCCCGCUUUACGAGGCGCUUGAUGAAAUCAAUGAUAAUACAAAUUUUGCCACACAAUUCGAACAGGCCGCGAAGAGAGGCUGA